AUGUCUGUCGAAGCAGAGCUUCUAAAGGUGGCGCCGGGCCUCGACAGAGUGCUUACCCAAUACUGCGUCGGUUUCCUCAAAUAUGCCAUCAACACUGAAGUUACAGAUGCUGCCGAUGAGCUUCAAAAUGCGAUUCAAUCAGUUACAGCUAUUUUGCAAUCCGCUGCCAUUGAUACGGCCCCAGAAACCAUCACUGCGACAGUAGAUUCGAUGGUCAAGACUUUGAUGCCGGCUGAGGGUCUUGCGAAACAAGCAGCAGCGGGUACGAACCGUAAGCUGGAACAGACCAUCAACAUGUCCUCCCGUAGUGGGGUAUCGGGGACCAUGAACCUUGUGGCUACAAUUGAUCUCGAAGCUACGGCAUCACGGAAAGUCGAAUCACGAGUCGAUAAGAAGAAGCUGGAGAAGGCUGAGAAGAAGAUCAAAGCCAAGCAAGACAAGAAACUUCACAAGAACGUCGAAUAUGAGGCUUCGAAACUCAUCACUGCUACGAACGAUACAAAGAGCUACGAGGAAUUUUAUAUGCAGGUCAAUCCCUUACAGCUCGGUAGUUCGGCCGCUGGGAAGAGCAAGGACAUUAAGGUUGAGAAUGUGGAUGUUCAAAUCGGCGGGAAGAGGAUAUUGACGGAUACGACUUUGACAUUGGCAUAUGGAAGAAGAUAUGGUUUGGUGGGUCAGAACGGUAUUGGUAAAUCUACGUUACUGAGGGCGUUAAGUAAGAGAGAAUUGAGUGUUCCGACGCAUAUCACCAUCCUACACGUAGAGCAGGAGAUUGUGGGAGACGAUACGCCAGCGCUGCAGGCAGUGCUCGAUGCAGAUGUUUGGAGAAAGCAUUUGCUGGGGGAGCAGGAGAGGAUCAAUGGGUUACUAGCAGAAUUGGAAAAUAUGCCUCUGGCAGCACAGAGCAGACCUGAUAUUCAGAGCAAGGAGGAACUGGGAAGUUUGUUAUCGGAUGUUCAUGAGAAAUUGGCGGAAAUGGAGUCAGAUAAGGCGGAGUCUAGGGCUGCUAGCAUUCUGUUCGGUUUGGGAUUCUCGACAGAGAAGCAGCAAUUCGCGACAAGAACAUUCUCCGGUGGUUGGAGGAUGAGGUUGGCAUUGGCGAGAGCGCUGUUCUGUAAACCUGAUCUGUUACUUCUCGACGAACCGUCUAACAUGUUGGACGUCCCGUCGAUUGUCUUCUUGUCCGAAUAUCUGCAAGGAUACCCAAGCACGGUGCUCGUGGUUUCCCACGACAGAGCCUUCCUCAAUGAAGUGGCUACUGAUAUUAUCCACCAACAUUCCGAGAGACUAGACUACUACAAAGGUGGUAAUUUUGAUUCUUUCUAUGCUACCAAGGAAGAAAGAAGGAAGACGGCAAUCAGAGAGUACGAGAACCAGAUGGCAUACAGGAAGCACUUGCAAACCUUCAUCGACAAGUUCAGAUAUAAUGCCGCGAAGUCGUCAGAAGCCCAGUCGAGAAUCAAGAAAUUGGAGAAACUGCCCGUUUUGGAAGCUCCGGAGGCCGAAUACUCUGUUCACUUUGCAUUCCCGGGUGUUGAAAAGCUUUCGCCGCCUAUCAUGCAGAUGAGCGGAGUUUCCUUUGCGUACAGGGAAGGAUACCCUAUUGUUUCUAACGUGGAUUUGGACGUUCAGCUGGACUCAAGAAUUGGUAUCGUUGGACCCAACGGAGCUGGUAAGACGACGGUCUUGAAGCUCAUCACGGGCCAGUUGCAACCCACAACCGGCAUGAUUAGCAAGAACGGACGAUUGAGGGUCGGUUAUUUCGCACAGCACAAUUUGGAUUACUUGGAUCCCAAGCUCAGCGCUUUGAGUUUCUGCGCCAGAGAGUUUCCGGGUAAGUCGGACGAAGAAUACCGUCGUCAUCUGGGUAAUUUUGGUAUUACGGGGCCGGUUGGACUUCAACGAAUGGAGUUGCUCUCCGGAGGUCAGAAAUCGCGUGUGGCAUUUGCAUGUUUGGGAUUGACCAACCCGCAAGUGCUUGUUCUUGACGAACCUACGAAUCAUUUGGACGUGGAGGCUAUGGAUGCACUGUCAGAUGCGUUGAAGAACUUCGAGGGAGGAGUUUUGAUGGUCAGCCACGAUGUUACGAUAUUGCAGAAUGUGUGCACGAGUCUGUGGGUGUGCGAGGGAGGGAAAGUGGAGCAUUUCGACGGGACGGUCAAGCAGUAUAAGAAGAGAAUAUUGGAUGCGGCAAAGGAGAAUGGAGUUGUGCAACAGCAUUGA